UUUGAACUCAUCGCUUUGUACUUGUCUCCCUCAACUACCUUAUUAAACCCUCAACCAAUUCCGAAACGCUUCAAGUCUCUCUCAUCUCUCAUUUCUUUCCCUGUAUACGGAUGUUCUUUGCCCCCCCUGCAACAUUGAUUGAUAAAUUUGGAAAUUAGGUUCAAAGGAAAAAUGCAAGAGGGUUCAGUUUUAUCCUUUUCUCCCAGCUUCAAUCUUUAUACCCCUCCAAGCGGAUUUGCAGAAGUCGCAAAAGUUACUGAAGAUUUUGGCUCAAAGAUGAAGUUCGACGCCUUUGGUACCGAGUUUGACGAGCCGAAAAAUGAAGGUAGCUCGAGAUCUGAAGCUUUGGAUGAGGAAUCUAGAGAUGAGCCGGCGGAAGAAGGUGAUCAGAAUGUUGAAGAGGAAGAGGUUGACGACGAAGAGUUCUCUUUCGCUUGCACGAAUCCCGACGGGUCUCCGAUUUCGGCGGAUGAUGUAUUCGUCGACGGCCAGAUCCGUCCGGUAUACCCGCUCUUCAACCAAGAUCUCCUAUUCACCUACGCUUACGACGGGGAUUCGAAGCCCAAGGACGCCUCGUCCUCGCCUCUCCGACCGCCGUUGAGGAAGUUUUUCGUUGAAGAGCGCGAUAUUCCGUCGUCAUCGUCCUCUGAAUAUGACGAAUUGGAGGGAGCUGCAGAGGGUACGUACUGCGUGUGGUCCGGUAACGCCGCGGAGGCCUUGCCGCGGGACCUCUCCAAGAAGAGUAACUCCACAGGGUUCUGUAAGCUCUGGAGGUUCCGAGACUUGCUUAUGCGAAGCAACAGCGACGGGCACGACGCGUUCGUGUUUCUGAAUCAACCGUCCGGAAACGCAAAGCUGAGAAACGAAACAUCGACGGCGAAGAAAAACGAAAACGUCGAUAAGAACGAGAAGGGUAGGGUUAGCGUCGAGAAGGCGAAACCAAACGAGAAGGCGAAGACGAAGACGAAGGGGGUGAAGGGAUCAGGUGAAACGGCGUCGUCGGCGCACGAGAGGCACUACGUGAAGAAUAGGGCCAAGAGAGAGGGAGAGAAGUGGAAAUCGUAUUUGCCGUACAGGCAGGUUGGGUUUUUCACUAAUGUGAACGGGUUUAGCCGGAACGUCCAUCCCUUCUAACCCUAAAGCGAGCCCCGCAACUGAUAUAAUUCUCAAUUUUCUGGGUUUAUUUUAUUUGUUAAUUAAUUUUAACCUAAAUGCUAGAAAUUAAUUUUAGCAGUUUUGAAUCUGGGAUUGCUGUUAAGAUGUUAUGUAUUAAAAGUAAAUAUUGGUUCGAUGUUCUAUUAAUUGUAAUUAUGUUCGGUUAUUGAAUUGCCUCUUCUUUAAA